AUGGACGACUCCAUGAUGAGUGACUCGGUCUUCGAGGAUGAUGGAGGCAGCUCUGACUUUGUUCCCGAGCCUGCACCGUUUAUGACCCUGGUUGCUGACAUGACGCGUCGACAGAAACCUAAAGCCAAGGCAGCCCCUAAGAAAGCCCCUGCCGCUAAGGCUGCCGCCGGAAAGAUGACUCAAACUACACUGAAGGUUAAGCCUGCUGCGAAGUCAGCCGCUGCUAAGAAGAAAGCGAAGGUCGACAGCGAGGACGAACUGUCCGAUGCUCAUAUGUCCGAUGCUGACUCAUUGCUCUCGCACACUCCCCCGAAGUCCAAAAAAGCGGCUGCGCCCAAGAGAGCUGGCUCCAAGCCUCUUGCUGAUGUAGAAAAUGAAUCGCGCGGUGGAGACGCUGCCGAUGGCGCGAGCAAGAGUGGGAAUGCAUCAGAUAAGUACCAAAAGCUUACCCAACUCGAACACAUUAUCAAACGUCCGGAUACCUACAUUGGUUCAACUGAACGCACCGUCCAGCAGAUGUGGGUGUACAACUCCGUGACCGAGGUCAUGGAAUUUCGUGAUGUUUCUUUUGUGCCCGGUCUCUACAAAAUCUUUGAUGAGAUCGUGGUUAAUGCCGCCGAUAACAAGCACAACGACGCGAACAUGACCGAGAUGCGAGUCACAAUUGAUCGCGAGGCCGGUGAAAUUAGUGUGUGGAACAACGGCCGCGGUAUCCCCAUUGAGAUUCAUUCCAAAGAGAAGAUCUAUGUGCCGGAGCUCAUUUUUGGCCACCUGCUCACUUCCUCCAACUACGACGAUAGCCAACAGAAGGUGACUGGAGGUCGCAACGGUUUCGGUGCCAAGCUUUGUAACGUUUUCUCGACAGAGUUCACACUUGAAACACAGGACUCUCAGCAGAAAAAGAAGUACAAGCAGACCUGGACACAAAACAUGACCAAAAUGGGCACAGCAAAGAUCACAGAUGCCAAAGGAAGUGACUACACCAAGGUCACUUUCAAGCCCGACUUUGCCAAAUUCGGUAUGGAUGGCAUUGAUGAUGACUUCGAAGCUCUUGUCAAGCGCCGAGUCUACGAUUUGGCAGGUACCGCCGGUGUGAAGGUGACAUUGAACGGCACGCGCGUUCCUAUCAGCAGCUUCCGAAAGUACAUGGAAAUGUACACCAAAGCAAUUCGCAAAGAGCGCGGCGAUGAUGGUCCUCCCUCAAAGGACGAGAUCAUCACGUGCAGCCCAGAUCCUCGAUGGGAGGUUGGUUUCGCAGUCUCCGAUGGCUCAUUCCAACAGGUCUCAUUCGUCAACUCCAUUGCGACAACCUCGGGUGGAACCCACGUCAACUACAUUGCCGAUCAGAUUUGCACUCGCUUAUCUGACCAGGUGAAGAAGAAGAAUAAGACGGGUGCAACCUUGAAGGCAGCACAGAUCCGCAACCACAUCUUCAUCUUCGUGAAGGCCUUGAUUGUCAACCCGGCGUUCACCUCCCAGACCAAGGAGCAAUUGACAACAAAGGCCAGUCAAUUUGGUAGCAAGUGUCCCCUUGAUGAAGACUUCUACAAGAAGGUCUUGAAGACCGAGGUCAUGUCGAACAUUUUACAUUUUGCGGAACAAAAAGCCGAUCAGAUCUUGAAGAAAGGUGACACCGGCCGCCGCACGCGCAUGAACAACCCUAAGCUGGUCGAUGCCAACAAGGCUGGUACCAGGGAGGGCCACCACUGCACUCUCAUCCUGACCGAGGGAGAGUCCGCCAAGGGAUUGGCUAUGGCAGGCAGAGCAGUUGUUGGGCCGGAUUUGUUCGGUGUGUUCCCCUUGCGUGGAAAGCUUCUCAAUGUCCGUGACGCUUCCUUCGACCAAAUUUCCAAGAACGUGGAGAUUCAAAGCAUUAAAAACUUCAUUGGUCUCCAACACAAGAAGGAGUACACCGAGACAAAGGGACUACGAUAUGGCCACCUCAUGAUCAUGACUGAUCAAGACCAUGACGGUAGUCACAUCAAGGGUUUGUUGAUCAACUUCCUCCAAGCACAGUUCCCUAGCUUGCUGAAAAUCCCCGAGUUCCUCAUUGAGUUCAUCACUCCUAUCAUCAAGGUCUGGAAGGGUGACCCCAAGAACCCGACCAAGCAGAAGUCGUUCUUCACUAUGCCCGAAUAUGAGACGUGGCUGGAAGCUCACAAACACGAACGCGGCUGGGACCACAAGUACUACAAGGGUUUGGGAACCAGCACUACGGAAGAUGCACAGGUCUAUUUCCGUGACCUCGAUCGUCACUUGAAGGAGUUCCACACCAUCCAAGAGAAUGAAGCGGGACUCAUUGAGCUGGCUUUCUCCAAGAAGAAGGCAGAUGAGCGUAAAGAGUGGCUACGUCAAUACAAGCCAGGCACUUUCCUGGACCACUCAGUAUCAAAGAUCACAUAUACCGACUUUAUCAACAAGGAACUUAUCUUGUUCAGCAUGGCUGAUAACAUGCGCUCAAUUCCUUCGGUUGUCGAUGGCUUGAAGCCAGGUCAGCGCAAGGUGCUUCACACAUGUUUCCGCCGCAAUCUGAAGAAGGACAUGAAGGUUGUCGAGUUGGCGGGUCACGUAUCCGGAAUGACAGCCUACCACCACGGGGAUGUGUCCCUUCAGCAAACUAUCGUGGGUCUUGCUCAGACCUUUGUUGGCUCCAACAACAUCAACUGCUUGGAGCCCAGUGGAAACUUUGGUAGUCGACUUCAGGGUGGUGGCGACUGUGCCAGUGCUCGUUACAUUUACACUCGCCUGUCCCCAUUUGCGCGUAAGGUUUUCCAUACGGCCGAUGAACCCUUGCUGGUGUAUGGUGAAGACGAUGGCAAGAAAAUUGAGCCUGAAACCUUCAUGCCUGUCGUUCCGCUGAUUUUGAUCAACGGUGCUGAUGGCAUCGGAACUGGUUGGAGUUCUUCUAUCCCCAACUAUAACCCUGAGGAUGUCGUGGACAAUCUCAAGAGACUGAUGGCUGGCGAGCCUACCAAGCCAAUGCAGCCUUGGUUCCGUGGUUUCACCGGUGAGGUCGUGGCCAUCGGUGGGGAUCGAUAUAAAUUCAGUGGCAUCAUUAGAGAAUGUGGUGACAAGGAAGUUGAGAUCACUGAAUUACCCAUUCGAACCUGGACACAGGAUUUCAAGGACAAAUUGGAGGACAUCAUCAAGGCCGAGAAAGCGCCAUCCUUCAUCAAAGACUACAAGGACUACAACACUCACACCAAGGUCCACUUUAUCAUCCAGCUUGAUGAGAAACACAUGAAGGCUGCUCUGACCGAGGGCUUGGAGGAGAAAUUCAAGCUGACCAAGACAAUUGCAACAACCAACCUGGUCGCUUUCGAUCCGGAGGGUCGCAUUACCAAGUAUGCUACUGUCGACGACAUUCUCAAGGAGUUCUUUGUGGUUCGCCUGAAAUACUACGAGCGUCGCAAGCAGUUCCAGCUUGGCGAUAUGCAAAGGGAGCUUGAAAAGCUGAGCAACCAAGCUCGCUUCGUGCAGAUGAUUAUCGAUGGCAAAUUGGUCAUUUCUAAGAAGAAAAAGCCUGUUCUGGUUACUGAGCUGAAAGAGAAAGGUUUCAAGCCAAUCCCUAAGGUGGCCGACGCUGCCAAGAUGGGCGAAGACCAGCCAGUGGUAGAAGAAGAGGAGGAAGGAGAAGAGGAGCCCGAAGACACUCAAAUGCUGUCAAGUGCCUUUGACUACCUCCUCGGUAUGCCCAUGUGGUCGCUGACCCAGGAGCGCGUGGAGAAACUCCGUCGUCAAAUCGGUGAGAAGGAGACAGAGGUUGACACCCUGAUCAAAUUGUCCAAGGAAGACAUCUGGAAGCGUGACCUAGACGACUUCAUCAAUGAGUGGCGCUUCCAGCUUGAGGACGAGCACAAGCGAGCCCGGAAGCUGGCUAAUAUGGACCGUCGUGUCUCGGCCAAGCUGGCCACCGGCGGUGGUCGCGCUGCGGCAUCUCGGAAGCGCAAGGUUGUUAACGGCGAUGACCCCGAUGAUGCAGACUUCGGAGGCCCGAAGACUAAGAAAGCUGCUGCAGCCAAGAAAAAGGAGAAGCCGAAGAACACUUUGAUGAACUAUCUCAACAAUGAAUCAUCCAGCAAACCAACCCCACCACCUGCCGCAGAUGGAACCGGGGACUCCGACGAUGAAUUCAACCUAGACAUGGAGAUUCUCCCGAAGAAGAGUCGUGCUGCGCCGAAGCCGAAGGCUCCGCCCAAAGAAGAGGACGAUUUCGAUUUCCUCGACAUAGACGAGGUACCCCAAACCUCGCGAGCAUCAGCUCAGCCAGUUGAUGAUAUAAUGGACAUUGAUUCUGACCAGACCUCAAAACCCAAACCGGCGGUCAAGGCGGCUAAGGCAGCUGCGAAACCAGCUCCUAAGGCGGCCGCCAAACGAGCACCCAAGGCCAAGGCCAAGAUUGAAGAAGACUCCGAUGACGAGUUUUUGGAGAUUGCGAAGACGGAGACUUCCAAACCCGCAGUGCAGUCGUCACGCGCUCGCAAGCCUGUUAAGUACUCCGCUCCUAGCGACUCAGACAGUGACAACGGCGACGACCUUCUUGGAGACGUCAGCUUGAUGGUCAAAGGCAUUGGUGGUGACUCGGCCGCGGAUUCUCGGCAGCUUUUCUCAGAGCGCCCCCGUUCUGAAAGCAGCGCCAGCCUGAAGACUGCCACAAAGACUUCCAAAAUCACCGACGAUUUUGACCCGGAUGAAACUGACUACAGCAAGCUCAUUCCUCAGAAAUCGCCAAGGCGGUCCAUCCAGGUCAAGCCCAAGGACGUCAAGGUCGAUGACAACGACGGGUCCGAGGAUGAGCACGAGCCAGUCAAAUUAGCAUCUAGGGCGAAGGCUGCUCCCAAAGCCAAGGCUGUCCCCAACGUCGUGGAUCUUGAUGACGAUGAAGACGAGGAUGAGCCAGUGAAGCCAACUGCCCGCGGCAAAGGCAAGGCCGCCCCCAAAGCCAAGGCUGCUCCAAAGGCCGCCGCCGCCUCGGCACCGAAGGCACGUGGUCGACCGAAGAAGGAGGCUGCUCCAGUGACUUUGUCUCCAGCGGCCAAGGCCUAUGCUUCGAAACAAGCCAAGGCCAGCAAGAAAAUCGCAGAUGAUUACUCGGAAGACGACAUUGACGCAAUGGCCAAUGACAUCUUGGAUUCCCCGGCAGGAAAAGUGAAUGUAGAUUAUUUAGAUGGGGACGACGAACCUGCUCCUGCUCCACGCCGCGCUGCUGCAAGCCGUCCCGCUCGUCGUGGUGCCGCACAGCAGAAGAAGUCGUAUGUCAUUGAAGAUGACAGCGAGGAAGAAGCGUCAGCCGAUGACUUUGACGACGAGGAUGAGAGCGAUUAG